ACGAAAGGACUCCGUGAGCCUGAAUAUCAGCCACUCGGAAUGUGAGCGGCCGGGGCUAGUGCGACACGGCUGGCGGACGAGGAUGCACGAGUCGAAUCGGUCGGAGUGAAGUGCCAUGCUCUUCCUUAGCAGUGGCACCGUGGAUGUGACCCCCCCGAGGAGUACAGCCGUUGGCCCGCAGGGGAAAACCGUUUACCACAUCUCCGUCAUCCUGAAGGAAACGCAGGACGAUGCGCCGGUGUCGGAGCUGGGAAUGGGGAAGGUUGCCCACCUGGUUGAGAAUUGCCAGCCAGGAGGAGAGAUAAUCAGCAUAGUGCCAAUGGAGUACAGCCCCAGGCUGGGCAGGGCACGGCACGAGCUUGACAGGUGGCCCUCCCUGAGCUCCACAGGUAGAGCCGGGAGGCAAAGAGAGGAGGUAGUCGUGGAGGAGAAUGAGGAGGAGCUGGAGGAGGUGGAGGGAAAAAUGAAGACGGACAGGUUUUCGAAACAGCCUCGCAGGUACUCGGGUAACUCUUCGCAGAAAGACGUGGCAGAGUCGGCCGGCCAGACGGACAACCUGCAGGAGCGACGCAUUCGGAGCUCGACGCCACUUACUGUCACCAGUCACGCCGCGGGGGGGCUCGUCCUGGGGGGACAUGGCACCGCCGUUGCAGGACACAGCUCGCUGCCCCGGGCCGUGUUGCGAAGGUCGCGACAGGACGAAGCGCCGGCGGGCAGGAGACCGGUGAGCAUGUAUGGCGACUCGGUCAAGCAGCAAAGAGAUUGUCAACUCGAGCUAGAAAGGCGUCUGCGGAGGCCCAGGAGUGUGUGCACGCUGGCGGGCCCCGGCGCAGUCCUGCCGGAGACCCGGAGCCAGCAGCCCUUCAACAGGGCCGGCGUAGUCGAAAGCAACCAGCAGAACCGGAGCAGGAAGGCUGAGUUGAGGGCCGUGGAUGGCCUCAACGCCGUUGUCGCCCAGCGGCCUUCGGCCACCGCGGAGGUGAUCCCCAGGGUCCGCCAGAGGAGCUGGAUGCCCAGGCCCCUCAGCAUGACGGUCCUGGAGCUACGAAAGAGGGGCUCUGAUGACGAGCUGGACAGCCAGAAGAGCGGCAGCCACACAGGCAUCGACGCGGGGGGCUUCCUCAAAGGGGGCUUCCGCUGGAGGCUUUUUGGCAAAGCGUCUCCGGACAAGAGCAAAGAGAGCGACGGCGACAAGGAUGCAAGAUGUUCUCCCAAAUCCAGUAGAACCGAAGCUCCAAAAAGUACACUGGGCUCUUUGAGAAGGAGCCUCAGCCUGCGAAUCAGGAGGACUCGGCCCCGGGACAAAGCUACUUUUGGACCCGACAGGGAAUUAAAGGAGAGCUCUCGGACUAAAAGUUCGGCCGAUGAGGCCACGGUGGCCCCGCGGCCUUUCUCGUACCUCACGGGAAGAACGCUUCCGGCGUCCGGUGAGCAGAUUGGGGACGGGGGCGUGCAGCACAUUCAUUACCACAGCAGGGGAAAGGUCAAGGUGAUGGAGGUACCCCUCUGUCCAACGAAACUGUCCUGCAAACCAGUUAAAGAAGAACCGAGCCUAUGGCAGCUCAUAGCCAACCGCUUCAGGAGGAAAGAGCAGCCGUGCGGUGGCAAAUGUGAAACCCAGCAGCCCCGGAACAAAGAAAUGGGUCAAUAUCCCCUGGGAGGGAAUCAUAAGUCACCGCCGGUCUCCAUAGAGACUCCGGCAGGCAUUGACUCCCACAAAGGUCAAGACUCUUUCGUCAACAGCCAGGAAUGGACAUUGAGUCGGUCAGUGCCGGAGCUGAAAGUGGGCAUUGUGGGAAAUCUGUCCAGCGGGAAGUCUGCUUUGGUCCACCGGUACCUGACGGGCACAUAUGUGCAGGAGGAGUCUCCUGAAGGUGGACGGUUCAAGAAGGAAAUCGUGGUGGACGGACAGAGCUACCUGCUUCUGAUCAGAGAUGAAGGAGGGCCUCCAGAACUGCAGUUCGCCGCCUGGGUGGACGCGGUGGUCUUCGUCUUCAGCCUGGAGGACGAGAUCAGCUUCCAGACGGUCUACAAUUACUUCUUGCGUCUCUCCAGCUACAGGAACACGGCGGAGGUCCCCAUGGUCCUCGUUGGAACACAAGACGCCAUCAGCGCUGCCAACCCCAGAGUGAUCGACGACUCGCGGGCCAGAAAGCUGUCGAACGACCUGAAGCGCUGCACGUACUACGAGACCUGCUCCACUUACGGCCUGAACGUGGAGAGAGUCUUCCAGGACGUUGCCCAGAAGGUCGUGGCCAUGAGGAAAAAGCAGCAGCUCUCCAUCGGCCCGUGCAAGUCCCUCCCCAACUCUCCCAGCCACUCGUCAGUGCCCGCCGCAUCCAUCCCCUCUGUCCACAUCAACCAGGCGGCCAAUGGUGGGGGUGCGUUCAGCGACUACUCCUCCUCUGUUCCCUCCACCCCCAGCAUCGAUCAGCGGGAGAUGCGCUCGAGAACCAUCGCCUCCUCCAACACGCCCACGCCCAUCCGCAAGCAGUCGAAGCGCCGCUCCAACAUUUUCACAUCACGGAAAGCCAGUGAACAAGCAAAGAGCGUUGACAGUAAAACAGACAGCAUAGGCAGUGGGCGGGCCAUACCUAUCAAACAGGGAAUCCUUCUGAAGCGAAGUGGCAAAUCCCUCAACAAGGAGUGGAAAAAGAAAUAUGUCACACUGUGUGAUAACGGCGUCCUCACUUACCACCCCAGUUUACACGACUACAUGCAGAACGUGCACGGGAAAGAGAUCGACCUGCUGAGGACGACGGUCAAGGUUCCCGGGAAGCGACCGCCCAGAGCGGUGUCCACCAUCGCCCCCACGGCGAGCCCCAAGACCAACGGGCUGACCAAGGACCGCAGCACCUUGCAGCUGGGCGUAGGGAACACAGGUGCUCCUCACUCCAACAGCAGCUCGUCCCUCCAGACGGGCGCGUCGCUGUUCAGCGGCAGCAAAGACGGCAUGCACCAGCGCUCCUUCUCCGUGUCCAGCGCCGACCAGUGGAAUGAAGCCAUCAACACCAGUACGAGCAGCGGAGCCCCCAAUGGGAUGAGUGAUCCCGCCGGUUCCUUUGUGGGCAGCGCCACGAGUCCUAAACUUGAGCCGCCUCCGUCGCCCCACGCCAACCGCAAGAAACACAGACGGAAAAAGAGCACGGGCAUCACGAAGCCGGACGGCUUGUCUGCGGGCAACGAAGAGCACGAGGAUUCCUUCGAGUUCGUCAUCGUGUCGUUGACGGGUCAGACGUGGAACUUCGAAGCGUCGACAUUCGAGGAGAGGGAACUGUGGGUCCAAGCGGUCGAGAGCCAGAUCUUCGCCAGCCUGCAGUCUUGCGAGAGCAUAAAGAACAAGUCUCGGUUAGGCAGCCAAAGUGACGCGAUGACCAUUCAGUCCAUACGAAACGUGAGGGGGAACAGCUUCUGCGUGGACUGCGACGCGCCAAACCCGGACUGGGCCAGCCUGAACCUGGGCGCCCUGAUGUGCAUCGAGUGCUCCGGGAUCCACAGGAACCUGGGCACCCACCUGUCUCGCGUCCGCUCCCUGGACCUGGACGACUGGCCGGUGGAGCUCAGCAUGGUGAUGACGGCCAUCGGCAACGCGAUGGCCAACAGCGUGUGGGAGGGCGCUCUGGAGGGCUACACCAAGCCGGGCAGCGACAGCACCAGGGAGGAGAAGGAGCGCUGGAUCCGAGCCAAGUACGAGCAGAAGCUGUUCCUGGUGGAGUCGCCCGAGUCGGACAUGCCCCUGGGGCAGCAGCUGCUUCGGGCGGUGGUGGAGGACGACCUGAGGUUGGUGGUGGUGCUGCUGGCCCACGGCACCAAGGAGGAGGUCAACGAGACCUACGGGGACGGGGACGGGCGCACCGCCCUGCACCUCUCCUGCGCCAUGGCCAACGUGGUGAUCACGCAGCUGCUCAUCUGGUACGGCGUGGACGUGAAGAGUCGUGACGCCCGUGGCCAGACCACGCUGUCCUACGCCCGGCGGGCCGGCAGCCAGGAGUGCGCGGACAUCUUGCUUCAGCACGGUUGCCCCAACGACACGAGCAGCCUGGCGUCCGUGGCCACGCCCAACAUGAGCCGCCGCAACCCCAACAUCAACAACAACAACGCCCAGUGUGAGCUCAACCGCAGCAUCAGCAUCAUGUAGGAGGUCCGACGAGCAGCUGUGGAGGAACGAAACCCCCGAAACCCGAACCCGCUCUUCCUCCUCUGUUCAGUACCAACGGGGCGAAGUCAGGAGCGACGGACUCACUGUUUAUAUUCCACUAUGCCGAAAGAACUGGGUGUUCAGACAUUGUACAUUGGUUUGAUUUAUAUUAUUAUUUUCUAUUUCGUUUGAAUUAUAUCAAUCUUGGUCUGAAAAUGAUCACGAUCAGCUUUAAGCUCUUUUUGUUUUUUAAAGCGCCAACCAAACAAAUGACGUACUUUUGCAUUCGUACCCACCCUACGAAAAGCAUUUCCUUAAUGCUUUGAACAUUUCCUUUUUUAAUGUCUCUUCCCCCCCCCCCCUUUUCCGCGAUGUGAACCGAUUUUUAUAACGAGCUUGAAAUGAGAAACUUCCUCCCAAAAUUUCCACGGUUUAAGCGUGACAACAUAAAAACUGUGAGGGCAAUAGUUGUACGAGAGCCAAAACACUGACGUGGGGGAAAAGAAACUAAAUCUGAUCUGCGAUGGCUGUUGCAGCUUUAGUAUAAUGAUGCAUGUCUUCAACACGGCUCUCUAACUCGCGACAUACUAUUCAUACACACAAAGGCAAAGCAGUUAUAAUUGAAGAGUCCAAAUGAUUUAGAUACUUAAUUCACGGGAAGAUGUGUUCGGAUCAUCAUAAAGGAGUUGAUUUGCAGAAUUCCAAUGGGGGGGGGGGGUGAAAGCGAGUCGGUUUCCUUCGCCCUCGCUCGUCGUGAUCCUCCAUUAAAAGUGUCCGUGGCGAUAAAGGAAUUAAGGGGCAUAAUGUUUUAUGACCAUCGAGCCGCGUGGCUUUUUGUAAGCGUUUCCUCUUCAAUCAAAAUGCAUUCAGAAUUGUAAACGUUUGAUUGAAACAGUGGAAAUCGCAUCGUUAACAAUGUCUUUGUUGGAGUAAUUAUCUUUCUUUUUUUCUUCUUUCUUCCGAUUGACUAGAUUGUGCUGUUUGAUUGUUUGACAUAGAUAGAUACCGGAACAUCCGUUCACCUACCUGCGGCCGAAAGGCUGUAGAAGCGGUACAUCUUCUUUUGUUGCUGUGAAAUACACAUAUGGUUUAGUGUGUGUGUGUGUGUGUGUGUGUGUGUGUGUGUGUGUGUGUGUGUGUGUGUGUGUGUGUGUGUGUGUGUGUGUGUGUGUGUGCUUAUACGUCUUCGUCUGUGACCAUGUGAGGCAGAUGGGCGACCGGGAUGUUCUGUCCAUAAACCCACCCCCCCCCCCCUCGGAGAAAGGACGCGUUCGAGGAGACGCCUGCAAGAUGAACAUGACGUGUGUUUCGAUUGUACAGCCGUCUGUAAAAAAAAAAAAAAAAAAACCUUAUAAGAAACAGUCGCUCUGACUUUCUUUUUUUUUUUCCUUCAGCCUGAAGUUAACGAAAAGCAUCCAAAGUGACUGAAGUGAGACAUUUAGGGAAAAAUGAGCACGGAGAGUCAUAGAGGGAAAUGUUGCGGUGAUACAAAUGUACAGUAUUCCACUGACAUGAUAAGCAGAUUAAUUUAUCGGUUAAACGGUUAAAAAAAAAAAAAAAAAAAAAAAAA